UCUAUCGAUAUGCGAUAAGUGGUCUUAUGUCAAUUUACAGCACUGCAAAUGUUGUAGCAAGUCUUGUUUUUUUGUGAAAAUUUCGGAAAAAUUUCACUAAGACAAAAAUUAAUGGCACACAAGCGUUUAUUUAUCUACGCUGCACUACUAGCGAUAUGUUAUUUAGUUGGCGUGACAUGGGCUGAGACAGCAACACAAACACUGCCAAUCAGCAGCAGCAACACCAACAACAAUGCCAGCCAGCCGAUUGCAGCUGUCAAAUCCGUUCCAGCAGCAGCAGCACCACCACCAGUGAUAGCUCCCACAAUUGCUGCACCAAAAGUAAUUAGCAGCACUGUCGCCAGUGGCAGUAAAUCCGGAAACAGCAGCACAACUGAAUGUGCCUGCGCCGGUGCGCUGCUGCCACAAGUCGAUGCCAAUGGCAAGGAGCUGCCCAUUUGCGCCGAAUGCAAAUGCGCUCAUGUCGCACGUAAUACAACACUUAUUAAGGUGGUUGUCAUCAUUGUGAUUUGGAUAAUAUCCAUAUUAGUGAUAUAUAUGCUCUUCCUGAUGUGCCUGGAGCCGCUGCUGAAUAAACGCGUCAAGGCCAACAAUUAUCAGGAGCACACCAAUGAAGAUGAUGAGCCCAGUGCCCCCCCACCGCCCGUCGGCAGCAACAAUCAGGAGCUGAGCGCCCGCGCCAAUGUCCUCAAUCGUGUCGGACAUCAGCAGGACAAGUGGAAGCGCCAGGUGCGGGAGCAGCGACGACACAUCUACGAUCGCCACACAAUGUUGAAUUAAUCUCAUACAGCAGCAUUUGGGUUUUGGCUUCGGCUUUGGCGACUUAAAGACACCGCAUUCCGGCAAAAAAAAAAAAAAACAUAAAUAUGGCAAAAUUUUGUAUUUGUAUAUUUUGGAGGCCCUAACAGCCCGCUUGGAUCAAACAAAUAAUAAUUUAAAAAACCCUUAGACACAA